UAGGGCCUGCCCCCGGGCUAGGCGCGCAGGAAGGUGGGGCUGGGCCCCAGCCGGGGGCAGAGUCCGGGAGGGCCUGGCUGAUGGGGAAUGAAGCCUCCGCCUUCCCCCACAGAAGCCUUUAAAUACGGCCGCCGGAGGGGCGAGGGGUACAGGCUGCAUCUUCGGGAGCAAGGUGCUGUGCGAGUCUGCGGGAACCCAGCGGCCGCAGCCGUGUUCCGGGCUUGGAAGUGGUACAGCCAUGGUUGAGAUUAAGAAGAUCUGCUGCAUCGGUGCGGGCUAUGUUGGGGGGCCCACAUGCAGUGUCAUUGCUCAAAUGUGCCCUGAAAUCAGGGUAACAGUUGUCGAUGUCAAUGAAGCAAGAAUCAAUGCAUGGAAUUCUCCAACCCUUCCUAUUUAUGAGCCAGGACUAAAAGAAGUGGUAGAGUCCUGUCGAGGAAGAAAUCUAUUUUUUUCUACCAAUAUUGAUGAUGCCAUCAGAGAAGCUGAUCUUGUAUUUAUUUCUGUGAACACACCAACAAAAACCUAUGGAAUGGGGAAAGGCCGAGCAGCAGAUCUGAAGUACAUUGAAGCUUGUGCUAGGCGCAUUGUGCAAAACUCUAAUGGGUACAAAAUUGUGACUGAGAAAAGCACAGUCCCUGUGCGGGCAGCAGAAAGUAUCCGUCGCAUAUUUGAUGCCAACACAAAACCCAACUUGAAUUUACAGGUGCUGUCCAACCCUGAGUUCUUGGCAGAGGGAACAGCCAUCAAGGACCUGAAGAACCCAGAUAGAGUACUGAUCGGAGGAGAUGAAACCCCAGAGGGCCAGAAAGCUGUGCGGGCACUCUGUGCUGUGUAUGAGCACUGGGUUCCCAAAGAAAAGAUCCUCACCACCAACACUUGGUCUUCAGAGCUUUCCAAACUGGCAGCAAAUGCUUUCCUUGCCCAGAGAAUCAGUAGCAUUAACUCCAUCAGUGCUUUGUGUGAAGCAACAGGUGCUGAUGUGGAAGAGGUAGCAACAGCCAUUGGAAUGGACCAGAGGAUUGGAAAUAAGUUUCUAAAAGCCAGUGUUGGUUUUGGUGGAAGCUGCUUCCAAAAAGAUGUUCUGAAUUUGGUUUAUCUCUGUGAGGCUCUAAAUCUCCCUGAAGUAGCUCGUUAUUGGCAGCAGGUCAUAGACAUGAAUGACUACCAAAGGAGGAGGUUUGCUUCCCGGAUCAUAGACAGUCUGUUUAAUACAGUGACUGAUAAGAAGAUAGCUAUCUUGGGGUUUGCAUUCAAAAAGGACACUGGUGAUACCAGAGAAUCCUCCAGUAUCUAUAUUAGCAAAUAUUUGAUGGAUGAAGGUGCACACCUCCAUAUAUAUGAUCCAAAAGUACCCAGGGAACAAAUAGUCGUGGAUCUUUCUCAUCCGAGUGUUUCAGAGGAUGACCAAGUGUCCAGACUGGUGACCAUUUCCAAGGAUCCAUAUGAAGCAUGUGAUGGUGCCCAUGCUGUUGUCAUCUGCACUGAAUGGGACAUGUUUAAGGAACUAGAUUAUGAACAAAUUCAUAAAAAAAUGCUGAAGCCAGCCUUUAUCUUUGAUGGACGACGUGUCCUGGAUGGGCUCCACAGUGAACUGCAGACCAUUGGCUUCCAGAUUGAAACAAUUGGCAAAAAGGUAUCUUCCAAGAGAAUUCCAUAUACUCUUGAUGAAAUCCCAAAGUUUAGUCUUCAGGAUCCACCUAACAAGAAACCGAAAGUCUAAACAUGGCCAUUUUUAUUUGUGGUUAUUUUGGUACUUGGGGAGAGCCAGUAUCUUGUCUCAUUAAGUAGUAAAUGAACUAAGUGUUUUUAAGGAAACAAAAAUAUUUUUUAAUCAUCAAAUUUAUACUAGCUCUAUGGGUGUUAGCAUAUCUAGUGAUUAUGUGUCUAGAAUAUUUUUUACAUAUUUUUAUAUUAUUGUCAGCUCACUUGUUGGAUAGAUGGAAAAUCAAGAUGUUGGUUUAAAUGGUGUUGAUUUUUGGGAAAAAAAAAUGAAACUUCACUUUUUAACAUUACAAAUUGUCC